ACGCUCACACGCACACACACAUGCAUUAGUACCUAUACACUUGUGCACAUAUAAAAAUUAGGUAGUUUUUACAAACUGUUCAAACUGAAGAUGUUUUUCAUCGCUCAAGUUUGGAAAUAUGCCUACACAUAUACACACAUCUAUACAUCUAUACAUUAUUCAGCGAUGACAGUGAUGAGUAAUAAUUGUUGAUUAAAUUAAUUGGUCGAAGUUGGAGAUAUUUUUAUUUUGGUUUGGAAUCUAUACUGGUCACUGGGAAUAUAAUUGUUUCCCUGUAACCCCAACGCCCAUCCCCCAGCAAGUCGCAACAAACUUGUAGCAAAAUUGGUGACAUAUACCGUAAGAGGUGAAUUUUAUUUACUGCUAAGGUCUGUCGGAGAAACUGAAUCUGCACUUAUAAACUUUCUGAACGACAAAGAUCUUAAUGCAUUGCAUCACUUCAGUCCUAUCAAAUCCUCCUAAACAAACAACAGAACCGCAUCAGAUGACAAGGAAAAGUCUGUCUCCAUCAUCACCGCCUACUCAAGUAUCAGAAGAACUGUUUCACUCAUCAAUGCUCACACGUUCAAUGGUCCAAUCCUCGCCUACUUCAUAUGUGUCGUCAAUUCCAUCCCAAUCAACUGGACUAGGAAUCAAUUCAACAAAGCCACUCACCUCAAAUUUGAAUACCAAUGUGACUAAUUCAUUAGGACAUUUACCAUAUGAUCCUUUUAAAUGCAAAGUCAACCUCCCACUUCAAGACGGUGAUUCUCGUGGUAUUUAUGAUACUUCUGCAUUAGUAAACAGUCAAAAUCUACUAUCCAGUUUACCGUCAGUUUGUUUCGGUAUGUCAAAUGAUUCUUUAUUAAAUCAAAUAGCAAAUGGACAAGCAGUUAACCUUCUGUCGUCUAUGUCAACACCAUUUCCCAGUGAACUAUGCAUUAACAAAUUUCCAGACAGUCUAGUUCGCAAUUGGACUGAGGGUUUCACUGCUACAAAUUCUCAAAUAAGUAAUCCUUCGAUAAAUACUUCUCAGAGCAUAAAUAUGCUAAGUGGUAUGAGUGUCAGCAGUGCUGCUUUGUCUUUAAAAUGUCAAUCUGCAGAUAUACCGCUUAGCAUUAACGAUACAACUUUAGAAUCCCCUGAUAAUCUAGUCGUGUAUGGAUCAAUUUCUGACAACAGCAACAAUCAUUACAGUCUGGAAAAGUCGAAGACAACUCUUUCAGACACUGAAAGUAUUCAGAAUAACAAUUUCUCUGGUAUAAGUACAACUGUCUAUCAAAAUCCCUGUAUCGAGUCAAACAAAUCUCGAAUCAGUAAUCAUCAUACUACUGGCAGCAGUAUAACUCAGACUGGUACAACGAGAAAAAGUGAUGAAGAUUUUUGUGACCUGUGUCAAAAACACUUUUGUAAUAAAUAUUACCUACGUAAGCAUAAGAUAGAUGUUCAUGGAAUACACACUGAACCAUAUUCACACAGUCGUCGACGUGCUGGUGAAACACAAAUCGCGGUCAAUACAAAUCAUACAAAAAGCAUUAACUUAUCUGUUAACAAUAUCGGUGUCAGUAGUACAACAAUAUCUAAUGCCAGUGUUAUUACUCCACCGCUUAUCGGCAAUACCAGUAGCAGUGUUAUGCUUAAUGGUGAUAAUCUAAAGAUGAGAGAUAAGUCUAAAGCAGUCGAUUUUUCAAUAGAUUAUGAAAAAUGUAAACUGAACGACUUUCAGUGUGAAUCGUUUAAACCGCAUUCACCAACGAAAUUUGAAUUAAGUAAUAAAUCACUGUCCAACAUUUAUGAUUAUAUGAACUGUGGAAGUAAUUUACUCUUCUCUAGUCAGAAAAAUGAACCACUAAAUGAAAACGUCAUCGGAGGUGGAAUUAGUCAGUGGAGGAAAAAUUGUGUAAGUACUACUAAUAUAAAUACAUUCAGUAGUAUAAAAAACAGUGAUAAUAAUGGUGUUGGUCAAGCUCCUCACCCACCAGAACUCAACCUGAGUCUGAUCAACAGCGCAACAAACAGCACAUGCAUAUCACCCACUUUUGAUGUGAAUACUACAACAGCUAAUAAAUACAAUGUUGGCAGUGAAGCCAUGUCGAACAUAAAUGAUCAGUGCUCGAUAAAUUCGUCGGUAUUGGAAACGAAAAACUUAAAUCCACUACUAUCAGCACAUCAUUACUAUAUGAUGGCGUUGGCUGCAAAUUUUUCACCCUCUACAGCCAACCUGCUUAACGGAUCAGAAAUGAUGAUGAAAUCAAGUUUGACAAAUAAAUUCACCUCAAAUCUGGACAUUCCUUUCUUGCCUAUACCAACAGCUUCUUUUGAUAUGAACAAUAUUGCUUUGAAUGAGGCUCAAUGUGAUCAAUGUCAUAAAGUAUUUUGUAAUGAAUACUUUCUUCAGCUGCACCGUCUAAGUCAUCAAAGUAAUUCAGAUGGAUCGUUAACGAGGUGCGAUGAAAGAAGUUUUGAUGCUUCUGAAGAAAUGACUACUGAAAUUAAAGAGGUCAGUAAUAUCGGUAGGAAAAGCACCCUACAGUGUGAUAAUGAAAAAUCGGAUAUGGACACUGAAAAUGAUAUUGGUCUUGAUUUUAAUUUACACAAACGUGAUCGAGACGAAACAGACGACGAAAAUGAUAAUCAUCAUCUAUUUCCAUCGAAUAAAUUUAGCAUUAACGACAUGAAUAUGAGUUAUUCAAGGAGUUCAGAGUUCAGAAUUAGUGGUAGUCAUUCAUUAGACGCUUUUAAAAACAGUAUGGUUGCAGCAAAAUUGGCUGAUCGUGUGACCUGUGAACUCUGCAAUAAAGAAUUGUGCAAUAAGUACUUCUUAAGAACACACAAAAUUCGAGUUCACGGUGUAUCACCAAAAGAUGUUGGUGGACCACCAAUGCGUAACCCACCGAUAAUUGAAAACUCAUCGCUUUCUUAUCCUUUGAAUGAAUCACGGAUUGGAAACUGUACAGCUACUUCACAAGAAACAAACUCUUCACUGAAUUAUGAUGAUAACUGUAAAACAGAUUCAGCAUUUUGUGAAGAUAUGAUGAAUUCUUUCAACUCUGCAUACUCGACACUCGGUAUGGUAAAUCAAUUUCUUCCACUUGCUUACUGGCCAUUAUUUGCUGCUAAUCAAUUUGUAUCCGAAAAGGCUGUAAACUGUCAAAUAGACAAGACAGCACUACCUGCUUUAGACAGUCUGGCCACAUGGAACAGUUUGAAUAAUCCUAUAACAAGUGAUAUGCAUAAUCGAACAGAAAGUACACAGAAUCUAGCACUACCGGAAAUUCCGUCUGCUGUAGCACUGAUUUACUGUCCAUUGUGUGAUAUGCCGAUUGGACCACGUUUAUUCUUACCUACACACUUGAACAGUGUUCAUAAACUGUGUCCAACUGAUCCAGACUUCUUUAUGAAUAUGUUACGCGCAAAACCGAUGUCAAAAGCAGAGCUAAUAACUGAUGGAAAAAUCAGUAAUUACUGGUCUACAAUAUUUCCUAGUCUCGAAAACAAACAACUAGGCAGUAAUAAUGAUCAAAAUAAUAAUAAUAUGCAAUUGAAGUCAACAAGUGAUACAUUUCAAAAGGAUCUCGAUGUACAUCAGUCGAGUAAUAAUGACAUGGGUAAUGGAAGAAAUUCACCGUCUGAUAAAAGUGAAGAUGUUCUCAAUAUGAAUACAUUUGGUGACAAUUUAAUCAUCAAAGAAUUACAACCAUUUGUUCAAAAAACGGAGAUUCCGUCAGUAUCCACUCAGUCAGUCAUAUCUUCGGGAACGCCGUCUAUGAAAACCUCAGAUGAUGGACUACAAGUGUGUACAGCAUUGAGCAGUGAUUGUAAAAUUGAAAUGCCUACUACAGAAUCUCAGCUCCCUUCCAACUUUCUUACAUCCAAUCCCCUUGUGUCUACGACAAAUUUGGUGCCAUUUUUCCCACUUAAUCUAACAAAAACUGCAGAAGAAGCAAUGAGUGAUAAUUUGGAUUCAGGAGUGAACCACACUCAGUCAUCUGUGUGUGGUAAUGCUGACUCUAAGAGUCAGCCGUCAAUUGCUUCUGCAGCUGCUGUCUUUUCUGGUCUCCCAGGUUUUAAUCCAGUUGUAGCAGGUAAUGCAACUAAUUGUACUCGACCAUGGAAUCCUCUGCCUCACUUAUCCACAACUAGUGAUUCAAGUAACUAUUCUACAUUAAAUCAACCUAGCUGUGCAAUUUCACCGACAAAUUCAACGGGAGUUGCUUCAAGUUCCCUUGGUCAUACAGGUGUACCACGAAAAUCACCUAAUCAGAUGCGUGUCCUAUGUGAUAUAUGCAAUAAAUGGAUAUGUAAUAAAUAUUUUUUGAGAACUCAUAAAGCCAACAAACACGGGAUAACAGACUUAACUCUUGGUUCUUUGGAGAAUUAUCGACCCGGAGUUGGAAAGUCAACUUCUGGCCUAAAAUCGCAUAUACACACAUCUUUCCGUAAGGCUUCUAACCAGUGUGUCAGGGAUUCCCCUCAGAUAGACGAGAACGAUUUUAUUAACUGUUCUAAUUUAAUUCAAACAUCGAGCUUACAUCCAGUGCUGACGACCACGUGUGAAUCACAACAAUCUUUGAAAAGUGCGCCAUCAUCUUUACAGGAAUGUCAAACUCACAACUCAGAACAGAAACCAGUUAUUAUUGACAAUCCUUCAGAAAAUUCACCUCCAGUAUGUCUAUCUGAAUGCAAUGAAAUUCCAGGAAUAAAUGGUUCCUCACUUCCUCUAACAUUCCAGCCGACUGUUACUCCAAAUUUAUCUUGGCUUGGAUAUGGCUUUCCUAAACAAUCAUCUUCUAUAGGAUCGUAUACAGCACUUAGCUAUCCAAGCAUAAUUCCAUUCCCACUCCUGCCGAAUUCGGAUAUCCAUUCAUAUUCAUCACAAACAGAAAUUACUGGAAAGUUGGCGACAAGUGAUUUGACUUUAUGUACUACUGAUUCAGAAAUGCAAAACGAAGAGGACAAGGAUCCAUUAAACUUGAGUUUAAAAGUAACAGAAGAUAAUUUGAAUAAGUUCGAUGAACAGGGCAGUUAUUGUGCAACAGCAACAACAACAACAACGGAAGCAGCAGUAACACCACCACCAACAACAACAACAACGACAACAAUAGCAAUGACUACAACUCGUAAUAGUUGUACUGCUUCCAAUCAACAAGAAACAAUGACAAAAAACAACCCAAUGGAUUGCAUGAAACGAGGACAUGCAAAGAAAUACUUUAAAAAUUACUGUUUCAUUUCUUAUCACAUUAAUCGUGCACGUAAAAUGAUACAUUACAAAUUGAAUAAACGCUUAUUAUGCUUACAGAUGAAAAGAAAGCAUAUUCAAGAUGUCAGAGGAAAAUUUUUUACAAAGCGUAAAACUAUCCUUGAUAAACGUUGUGAGCGAAAAGUGAACUGGUCAAAAAAUGAAUCAGAGAUAUCGGAGUGUCAAGCCGAUAGGGCAAUUAUUACUCCUCGUCAUUCUGUGAACAUUGUGACAAAAUCAUACAACUUACACCAUCGACAAAAAGAAAUGCGGCGAAGGGCGAAACAACGGUCAAUGAAACAACGUAAUGCAGUUAGUAAAUUUCUAGGAGAGGACUCUUCUUCUUCUUCUAUUUCUAAUACUGCCCUCCGUGUGAAUGAUAUCAGUAUCCUUUCUCCUAUGAAUAAUGAAGUUCAAUACAUCUCAGAAAAUCAGAAGAAUGAUUCGCUUACAAAUGGUGGCAAGCUUUUUACACCACCGAUUAAAUCCACUGCAUCUAUCUUCCCAACUCAGAUAUUUUGCCCUUUAUGCUUAGAUGGAGAAGCUUUUAUUCAGCCUAGUGAAUUUAUGCUACACUUAAAACAGAAACAUCCAGUUUCUGAGUGUGAAUCAGUUAUGAAUUUGUUUAAAACACAACUAGAACUAUACAACUCUCAGAAUCUUAUCUUUCAAAUAAACAAUCUGGCGGCAUCAAACGGUAGCUUGAAGUCUGCACCAUUAAAUACAUUCAAUAAUGUGUUUGCCCUAUCACCAAAUAAUAUUUUGGCUGUGUCCUCAUCCAUGGGAAGUACAGAGUCUGUAAAUACUACUAAUUCAUGGCCUGAAACUCAAAAUGAAAUCAUCUACGGCAUCCAACCAAAUAAUAAUAAUAAUCAGUAUAAAUCAAUAAAUUCAAUGACUUUUACUGAACCCAUGGAAAUAACUCCUUCUACUUGUUGUUAUCCAGCUUCAAUUGUUUCUCAGUCAUCGGUGAUCCUCUCAUCGUCACCAUCACUAUCACCGUCAUCGCUACCAAUGUGUUCUUCUAUUGCUUCAUCGAUUUCGAAUCCAAUUAUGCCCACAUCUCGAUCGCUUGGAAGACCUUUAUUCAUGCCAGUCAAUUCGUUUACAAAAACUCUUUCAACCAUUUAACUAAAUCGAUAACAACGCCAAAAAGAAAAAGAAAUCUAACAAGUGGGAAUGAGUAACUUGCACGUCUUGACGCACGCACGCAUAACAUAACUUCAGUGUGUAUAUCCAGGAGAAAUCCUAAUCACUGAUUCUUAUCUACAAUGAUAAUAAUAAUAAUAUUAGAGUGGUACACCUUUUCUCCAGAACGAUUUCUUUAUACGUUUACCAUUCGGUUUCCAUGUAAUCUUUUCAGUUACUAUAAUAUAAACUUUUUUUCUCCUUCUUCUGUGGAUGAAAGUAAAUCCAAUGCAAGCGUAUUUAUAAAAUCAGAAAGAUAACUGAAUUUUUCAUAAUGAAAGACAAGCAUAUAUUGUGAAGACUUUGUUGACAGGCUGUUUGAGCAUUAUUCCACUCUUUCUCUCUGUGUCUCUCCGUAUUUUAAAUCCGGCAUGUUGUUGUCAUCAGUUUAUUUGCUCUUCGCCUUCUUCUUCUUCUUCUCGUUUUAUCACCAAAAUGACCAAAUAACCACCGCCUUUCUGUUCUUUGUUUAACACGUCUCCUGUUCAUUUUUCUCUCUUUCCAUCUCUCUCUCUCUCUCUAAAUAUAUGUAUAUGCAAAAACAUACUGGUUGGAGGGCUAAUGUGGGCACCUUUCAUGUAUUCGCUUCAUACGGUGGUUUUCUGUCUAUAUAACUCGAAUCAAUGAAUGAAUGAAUGAAUACUCUGAAGGUGAAUAGAUAGAUAACUGGAUAAAAAACAUGUUGGAAGAAGAGCAAAAAUUGAAUUACUGAAUGAAACUUUGUAUUUUGCUCCGAAUUGCUUCAUUUUCUUCUUCUUCUUCCAUGAUACUACUUAUUUCACUUCCUAUAUAUCAAUUUUGUACAUAAUAUUUUGUAUACUUUAAAUUUGAGCGGGUUCUUUUUAAAUUAAAAGCGAAUUUAUUGACAUGAGUACACACCAGCACGUUCACACUCACUCACUUACACGCAAACACACACAGGCACACAUACACACGCACGCACGCACGAGUGCACAGUUAAUACAAUCUCCUGCACACACAUAUACAAAAUAAAUAUUCACAGCUGUAUCUAUAGGUGAACCUGGAACUGAAAAACAAAUGAAGAUUGAAAUAAUUGUUGUUUACGAGAUUAGUUAAUUUACAGAUAGACAAAAAUAUACAUAUGAGUUGUUGAUCUUAUGUUCAAUAUUGUUAAAUAAAUGUUAUGUUGCGUUCGUUCCUUGAUAAUUGUUCCUUGUUCUUAAGGGACUUUUCAUUUUGACGUUCCUAUUGUUGUAGUGACACUGCUGGUAACGACUGACAGACAGAUGGCGUCUGUUAGUAUUUACGAUUGAUCGAGCUUUUGAAGGUGUAUGAUACAAUUGGUGGAAUACCCACCAGUCAUGCGUGUGAUUAUAGUUCGAUUCUUGAUCGAUGCUCUCCUAGACCUCGCCAAACCGGUAGUAGCCCAGUAAAGCGGAAAAGUUGAGCCUGAGGCUAGCAACCCCCACCUCGUAAAACAUCACCGCUGCUGAAACCUCAAAGAUUAAGCUUGCAUCUUUAUAUUCCGCUCGGGACGCAAAGGAACCUAUAUAUAUAUAUAUAUUCAUGAAGAAGUGGAAGUAAUUAUUUGACAUUAUUAUUUCAAUUCCUUUACUUUCCUAGUAGAACAAAGGGCUUCAAGCCAAAGGCUUGAAGUUUCGGUAACACUGGUGUCUUGUUUUAACGUGGUGAGGUUGCUAGGCGCCUCCCAGCCUUCCCUCUUUACCACUCUUAUUACCUGCUUAGCCAAGUUUAAGAGUGCGUGGGCUGAGGAUGGGACCCUAGACCACAAGGAUGGUUGUCGGGCAUUCUACCACCGUACCACUGACACAAUAUCUGCUAUUAGGUACCUCCAAAUAUGACGUAUUUUAUAAUGCUAUUCAUAAAAUAAGCAGUCUGAGUUAAUCUCUAGUAUAGAUUGACCUCAUAUAGAUAUGAAUUUAAUCAGUGCCUAUAGUAUUUCACGCAACACAAACAAUCU